AUGAUGAUGAUGAUGAAGAUCAAACAACAACAUUCCUUGUACUGUUUUCUUCUGAUCAUCGUUGUUCUUGAUGCCGGCGCCGGCGCCGCCACUUCUGUUGUCGACGUUUCUUCUUCUUCAUUAUGCUUCCUAGAUGCAGAUGUUAUCUCCAUUGGUAAUUGCCCGUUGAAUACUAGGAUUAGCAGAUUCUAUUAUCAGGAAUACGAAGUGACAGUUGAUAAUGCCAUAAUGGAAAAAGCCAUUACUACUUCUUCUUCUUCUUCAAUGGAGAAUCUGAAUGAAUUUGAGCCCCACUUCAAUGGGGAGGAUGAUGAUCAGUCAUAUCAUACUACUACUAGUACAAGUACCCUUCGGCGGAGAAGACGACGGUUUUUGACCGGUUUAGGGUCUUCUCCGCCGCGGUGUCGAACCAAGUGCGGGAAGUGCACCCCUUGCACACCGGUUCAUGUUCCUCUCCCGCCGGGAAAGCCUGUCACAGCUGAAUAUUAUCCAGAGGCUUGGAGGUGCAAAUGUGGAAACAGGCUUUUCCUACCCUAA